AUGGAUCACUGGCUAAAAGAAGGAAUUUUAAAGGAAAAAGUAAGUACUUCAAACACCCGUGUUGUUACUGAAACCAGCGAGGAAGAUACCAAGGCAGUUCAAGUUAAUUAUGAAAAAUUACAGCCAAGUGCCUUGAGCAUUUCUGAGCUGGAUCGACACGUCAACCACCACAUGGCAGCUUUCAACCUCACCCCCUCUGAGUCUUCAACCUUCACUCUAAUGGGCAUCCCUGGCCUGGAAGAUGCCCACACCUGGAUUUCCAUUCCAUUGUCCAUGUGCUAUAUUACCGGCCUCUUGGGAAAUUUCCUGAUUCUGUUUGUGGUCGGCAAAGAGCAGACCCUGCACAAGCCGAUGUACCUGCUGCUCUGCAUGCUGGCGCUCACCGACAUUGGCGUGCCUACUUCCGUUGUGCCUAGGGCACUGUUUAUAUUUUGGUUUAAUUUCAGAGCUAUUACCCUGGGUGGCUGCCUCUCUCAGAUAUUCUUCCUUCACAUGGUUUCUGUGAUGCACUCAGCCGUCCUUGUGGCAAUGGCCUUUGAUCGCUACGUGGCCAUAUGUAUCCCUCUGAGAUACACCACCAUCCUCACCAAUGCACGCAUCGCUAUGCUAGGGCUAGUGGUUUUAAUAAAAGCUGUUCUCUUCAUUUUGCCCCUGCCCCUACUCCUGAGCAGGCUGCCGUUCUGUGCCAACCGCCUCAUCCCCCACACAUUCUGCGAGCACAUAGCAGUGGCAAAGAUGUCAUGUGGGGACACCACCGUGAACAGGGUUUACAGCUUGGUGAUGGCUUUUGUAGUCACUGGGUUAGACCUGACACUCAUCGCCCUGUCCUAUGGUUUGAUCCUCAGGGCCGUCCUCAGAAUCUCCUCCAGGAAAGCCCACCAGAAAGCCCUCAACACCUGCACAGCCCAUAUCUGUGUGAUGCUGACGUCUUAUAUUCUUGGGCUUUUCUCCACUCUCACACAUCGGUUCGGUCAGGGCAUCGCUCCCCACGUUCACAUCAUCUUGGCCAACCUCUAUUUCCUGGUCCCCACCAUGCUCAACCCCAUCAUUUAUGGGGUCAAAACCAAAGAACUUCGGGAUAAAGUGGGCCAAUACAUGUGCAGAAGGUGA